GUUUCCUUUUCCCUUAUCUUUUUCAAAAAAAAAAAAAAAAAAAAUGUUUGUUUUCUAUAAUAUUAUCUGGAUUAUUUGUAUAGCAUUGCUAUUCGCUUCAUUUUUCAUGUUAUUAAAGAAACGAAGAGCAAGAAAUCUAAUGAAUCAACCCGGAAAUUAUGCAACGAAUAAUCCUAAUUUUGUGGUGGACAUGAAUGGACAACAUAAUUAUCCACCACCACAAAGCUACGCACCUCCUCCUCCUCCUCCUCCCACAAAUCAAUACCCAGUACCCACUACAAGCUCUGGUCUUGAACCUCCACCACCUUCAUACCAAGAUUAUUCUAAAGAUCAUCGUGUUCCUCACUUGCAAUAAAUGUUUAUUCCCCCUCGUCUCUUUUCUAUUUACUACUACUACUACUGCCAUCAUUACCACUAGCACUUCCACUAGGUGGUUCUUGGCCAAAUUUUAAAACGUACAGCUUGUGUUUGAUAGCGUGCAAACUCU